GCAACUAGUGAUUGGCGCACACAGAUGUGUGUAUAUUCCGGCGACUUCCGGUUAUGCCGUAUCUGAAGUAGCGGUUGGAUUGCAUACUCUCAGAAGAUAUGGCACCUGCACUGCUUACUUCACUGGACUUGAGCAAGGGACCCAGCUGUAAAGAGUCUGAAGAUCACUCUGGGAAACAGAAGCACUUUAUUUGGAUACUUGGAUUUCAUUCAUCUGCUUUGGAAAACAGUGAAUAAGGAAUAUGUCUACAGGAGUGUCCUCCUCGACAAUGGACAGAGAAGGGGGCCAUACAGGCUUUGCCUUCAAGAAUCCACUGACAGGUCUGCGCUGGAAACGACUGGAAGAGCCACUUGGAUUCCUUAAAUUGCUUGAAUGGCUGUUUGCUAUCUUUGCCUUUGGAUCUUGCGGCUCUUUCAUUGGAGAGACAGCAGUAGUUGUAAUGUGUACGAUUUCAGAAAAGACAGAGACAGAUCUCAUUUCUGUGCCUUUUUCUUAUCCUUUCAGGCUAUAUCGACAACGCUAUGAGAUGCCAGCCUGUGGUGAACCUGAAAGUCGUAUUUUGCACCUCUCAGGGGAUUUCUCUGCACCAGCUGAAUUCUUUGUUACUUUGGCAGUCUUUGCUUUCUUGUAUUCCAUGUUUGCAUUGGUAAUUUACUUGCUCUUUCAUGAGCGAUACACGCAAAUACGGAGAGUUCCAAUUGUGGAUUUCUGUGUGACAGGUGUCUUUGCCUUUUUGUGGCUGGUAGCUGCUUCAGCAUGGGGGAAAGGUCUCAUGGAUGUGAAAAUAGCUACUCACCCAUCUAGCAUUCUUUCAUCAAUGCCAGUGUGCCAGCUGGAGAAUGCAUCGUGUACUGCCGGCAUUACACCAUACUAUGGUCUUGCCAAUAUAUCUGUGCUCUUUGGAUUUCUGAAUUUCCUGAUCUGGGCAGCCAAUGCAUGGUUUGUGUUCAAGGAAACUCCAUGGAGCAAACAGGCAGCCAGUAAAGAAGAGUCUGCUGAGCGUGGGGAGGCUGUUGAUCUUCAGUGAACCCUUAUUACUUUCCAUCUAGAUCAAGAAGUCUUCCUCUGACUGUGAAUCUACUUGUUCAUUAGAGUGGACUUGUAAUUUCUUACUAUUGCUCAGCAUCAUGAUGCGGGUAAUAUGUCAUCUAGAACCAAAAACAACCAAAUCCACUCCAAUAAAAUAUUUUUUCCA